UGCCACCAUCUACAUACGGCGGGAUAGGGAUGGAGAACGCGAGCUCGCGGCCGUACGGUGACCCCGAGUGCGUGCAUGAGGAGAAGAGCAUGACUUGUUCUGAGAGGAUGCAGGUAUCGAUGGCGCCUGUCACGACGCCCCUCUCCAUCGCGCUGAUUUUUAUCUUUCCUUUCAACGUAGCAGUCACUUGCGUCGUGUAAGUGAGCUUUGACUUCACUCGGACCGUCCCUUCUACGACACCGUUGAAACCAUAUGCAGGUCUGCUCAGCCGCCACCGCGACCGGUCGAGCCGAACAUG